AUGAGUUUUGGUUCUGACUCUAGUUUUAGAAUUCCAAGUAACUUUGGUUCAUUAGAAUUUCAAGAUGAUCAUGCUCCACUUUGGGCAUUUGUCACUAUAAAAGAUAAGCUAGGAGAUGGAGGAGGCAACAAGUUAUGGAGUUGUAAUUUUUGUGCUAAAGUGGUCAAAAAUUCAUACUCAAGAGUGAAAGCACAGUUACUUAGAAUAUCGGGUGCUGGUGUUGCUCUUUGUCCUAAGGUCACUCCUGAGUAUUUGGCUGAUUUGAAGAGAAUUUGUGAAGAAGCUGAGAAUAAAAUUAAGCCCAAAACUAUCCCACUACCUUCAGCAGCUCCAGCAACCUUAUCCCAGAAAAGAAAAAAAAAAGGAAGUGGUACACUAGAAAGGGCUUUUAAUGUGGAUGAAAGAAAUCAACUUAGAGCAGAGAUAGCAAGAAUGUUUUAUUCAGCUGGCUUAUCAUUUCAUCUUGCUAGAAAUCCUUACUAUGUUAGCUCUUAUUCAUUUGCUGCAAACCAUAACCUUAGUGGUUUCCUUCCUCCUAGUUAUAAUGCUUUAAGAACAAGUCUUUUACAACAAGAGAGAUCUCAUAUUGAAAGAUUGCUCCAACCUAUAAAAUCUUUAUGGCUUAUAAAAGGAGUUACAUUGGUUUCUGAUGGAUGGACAGAUGUUCAAAGAAGGCCAUUGAUAAAUUUCAUGGCUGUAAGUGAAGGAGGACCAAUAUUUUUAAAGGCUGUUGAUGGUUCUAAGGUGUACAAGGACAAACACUAUAUGGCCAGCAUAAUAAAGGAUGUAAUUAAUGAAGUAGGGCCAAAAAAUGUUGUUCAAAUCAUAACAGAUAAUGCUCUUGUUUGUAAGGCAGCCGGGAUGUUAAUUGAAGCUGAGUUUCAUCAUGUAUUUUGGACUCCUUGUGUUGUUCAUACUUUGAAUUUAGCAUUGAAAAACAUAUGUGCAGCUAGAAAUAUUGAUGGAAAUGAAAAUGUUUUCAAUGAGUGUCAUUGGAUCACUCUCCUAGUUGAUGAUGCAUCUUUUUAUCAAGACUUUCAUAAUGACUCACUCUAUGAGAUUGGCUAUUUUUAA